GUGAACAUCUAGACUUUUCUGCUCCGCAUCCACUCAGCUUCGAGACCUUCCCACAAUCCCAUACCUCUAAUUCCAUCCCGUGCAUUGGCUUCAAUAUUGAACCCUCACCCUCACACUCACCCUCACAGCACACACAGCCUUGCUCAUCAUGGCCAACAUCCACACCCCCAUCCCCAGUCUCAAGCUCAAUGACGGGAACAGCAUCCCCAUGCUGGCCUAUGGCACCGGCACCGCUUGGUACAAAACCGGUGACGAGUCGGAGCUGGACCAAACGUGCAUCGACAGCACCAAGACUGCUAUCGGCCUCGGCUACUCCCACCUCGACGGCGCUGAGGUCUACAAGACCGAGUCCGAACUCGGCAUUGCCAUCAAAGAGUCCGGCGUGGCUCGCGAGAAGCUCUAUGUGGUCACCAAAGUCAUUACCAACAUUGCCGAUAUCCCCACUGCCAUUCGCACGAGCUUGAAGAAGCUUCAGCUGGACUAUGUUGAUCUAUACUUGAUCCAUGCACCUUUCUUUGCCGAAUCCCGCGAAGAGCAGCAAGCCAAGUGGAAGCAAAUGGAAGAAGUCAAGCAGCAAGGUCUGGCCAAGUCGAUUGGUGUCAGCAACUACCUUCCGGAGCACCUCGAUGCCAUUCUGGAAACUUGUACCGUCCCGCCUGCUAUCAACCAGAUUGAAUUCCACCCUUACCUGCAGCACUCGGAGUUGCUCGCCUACCACAAGCAAAAGGGUAUCGCGACAUCCGCGUAUGGACCGCUCACUGCAGUCACCAAAGGUGCACCUGGUCCUGUUGAUGAAAUCUAUGCCUCGCUGUCGAAAAAGUACGGCGUGACUCCCGGCGAGAUUGCACUGAGGUGGUGCAUCGACCAGGACAUUGUCGCCAUCACGACCUCGUCCAAGGAGCAACGAUUGUCUGACUACCUCCGUGCCAUGACUUUCAAGCUCACCCCCAAGGAGAUCCAGACCAUCAACGAAGAGGGCGCUAAGAAGCAUCUGCGUGGAUUCUGGAACGACAAGUACUCUGAUGACGAUCGCAGGUAGAUGACCUGUCAGACAUACAUCUGAGCUGGAAGAAAAGGGGGGAGGGGAGGAGGUGUACUGCAGGGAAAGGUGAUUUACGAAGCUGAAAAUCACUCCAAGUCCCUCGCAAGACCCAAUCUACCCAUCUUUGAAUGUUACCGCCACCAGCAGAUCGUCAUCCUGAAAUCACUUCCUUCCUCUCCCCCAAACCUCGCAUACAUCCUACUUCAUCCGCCCCAUGUAGGAACAUCCUCGUGGAACCACUUCGACUCAAGAUUCGAUAUGCAAUUAUAUGGGGUUGGCAUCCCCUUCCAGUGAUCUUUCAUUUUGUUCUUCCUUUCGCUGAUUUCAAGCCGUGAUAUGUUUCAACUUCAUCUGCCCGGCCUUUUCGGGGUGCUCAGCAUCUUCCUAACCUAGGUAAGGACAAUGCUGCAGGCAAUCGAUUGUAUGCUACAACCGAGCCCGCACAUGGGUCACAACCCUGGAACUAUAUGAGUCAUCAGGCUCGAGGGGCAAGGACAACGCUGGAGCCGAAUGUGAUUUGAGGCCAGUCGCUCGAACUAAUAAUCGAGAUGGCCAUGAUGCUGUUGAGCUGCCGUGGCUGCUUUAAUUGAUCUUUACAGUGCCGAAGCUCUUGCUGAUACCAUGCAUAGAUAGAUAUCCCAUGCCGUUGUGGUGCGCAAACCUCUGUUACCCCCUCAAAAUGCCUGCUGCAGACAUGCGAUUGGACUGUGCCAGACUGUCGCCCUCAUCUCGGGCUUUCUAUUCGUACGCUUCGAUCGACAAGCUCUUUGAUGAUUUCCGCCAAGUCCUCAAUUUUGUAUGGUUUCGUUAUCACAUCCUGCAUGCCGCUUUCGAUCAUCUCGUCUGUUUGUGCUCCCCGCACAUUUGCCGUCACCCCCAGUAUUGGUACAUAUUGUAUUACACUUUGUUUUUCCAGAUCGCGAAUCGCUCGGGUUGCAGUGUUCCCCGACAUCAGGGGCAUCUCUUGAUCCAUUAGUAUUACGUGAAAUGCCUUGGCCCCGGUUGAUGAUUUCCGGAUGGCCUCGACGGCUUCCUUGCCAUUAUUGGCUGUCGUCACAGCAAAUCCUUUUGCUUCCAAUUUGCGAUGAACUAUUUUCUGAUUGAUGAUAUUGUCCUCGACCAACAAAACGCUGAUACGAGAGUCAGUGGCCUUCGCAUCUAGGCCCUCCUCUUGCUCCUCGGUCCGUGCCUCAUCGCUACCUGCCGUGACAGCCUCCCGAGAUUUCAGACUGGCGCCAGAUUUCUCCGCUCGGGCAAGCUUGGGUCGGACGACCAAAGCGUCAGUGUCAUGCUCUUCUCUCCGCAUCUCACUCUCACUCUCCAUCUCUGCACGGCCGACCUCGUUGCCAUCGGUAGUAUCAUUUGACGCUUCUUCCACUUGCUGCCGAGACGGUUUGGGUUUCCACUCAAAAGGCUCUGGGCUUUCAUGAUCAGAUGGCGAAGCGAUACCAAGCUUCUUGAUCUGUUCGCGUAAGUGCUCUUUUCCUUCGUGUCCGUCAAAUGCUUCGGCAUCCAUAUCGCAUCUUUUGACCUUGAAGAAAAAGCCAAACGUGCUCCCUUCUCCUUCUUUCGAGGAAACGCCAAUUUCGCCGCCAUGCAGAUGACAUAUUUUCCGCGAUAUGUUGAGUCCUAGUCCACUGCCUCCAUACACUUCUUCGGUUUUGGGCGUCGCUUGGCGAAAUCGUUGGAAAAGUUUCUUCUGCCCCUCUGCACUAAUACCAAUGCCAGUGUCUUUGACUGCCACCAAUAUAUACAGGGCGUCGCCGCUCCCCCAUGCCUGACCGUUCGUGGCAUCCAUGCGGGAGGCGACACUCUCGCUUCGGAAGAAGACCACAUCGGGUGGAUAAGAAUCUGGUUUCUCGAUACUGGCUCCGACUGAGCAUAAGAUGCUUUUUGAGCCUUCAGCACGAGCGCUAAACUUGAUGGCAUUGGUCAAUAAAUUGAUGAGAACUUGUCCGAUACGGGGCAUAUCCGCCAUUACGCUGCGAACAUUGGACUCGGUGUACGUGUCAUCGAUGCGAAAACUGAAUUGCAUCCGCUGCUUCCUCAGCUCGGGUUGAAACAUCUUCAGAGUCUGUGCGAGCUGAUGGCUUGGAUUCGAUAGCUUGGGCCUCAAGGACAAUAGAGAUGCAUCCAGCUUGGAGAAGGAUAAUACAUCAUCCACGAUGUUUUUCUGGUGGUGGACGCACAGAGCUAUAGUUUCGACUGCUUCCUGAAUGAUUUCUGUAUCGAUUGUUUCGCUUGUCUUGUCGCGAACAGCGUCCCCAAUGUCCUCGGCGCAAUGGAGCACUGCCGACAAAGGGUUGCGUAUCUCAUGACUGAUCAUGUCAAUGAAGCGUUCCUGUUGCACUUUUCUAUCCCGUGCUUCUUGGGCAGCUUUCCUCUCGGCAAUCUCGGCGCUCUUCUCUGAGCUGAUGUCGACGAUACUGCAAAUGAACCCGCCGCCCUCUUUUAAACUGACGUGCUGCAGGUUAUCAUUAUCCAGUGGUGUGAGCAGCAACAGCCGCCACGGAUGCGGCUCGCCACGAGCUCGGAACUCAGUGCGAAGCUCACGACCACCAGCGAAGGCUUCUUUGUACGCAGCCAUUACUCGCUCAUAGUCGUCCGGAUGUAUACUUUGAGGCCAGCUCGUGAAGGCCUGUUCGUCGUUAUCGAGCAUUGUCGUCAAGUCGUAAAAGUGCUGGUUCACAAAGAUAGCCCGGGCAUCACGAUCGAGUAUAGCAAGGCCUGAAGGCAACAGUUCUGCGAAUCGUCUAAAGAAAGGAUGUUCAUCCAAAGGAGUAUUUUCAAGUUGUUGAAUCUCACCAUCAGCCGUAUGUCUUCCACUGCGAUUGACGACCGUACCGCUGCCAUGUUCGCCAGACCCCAUCUCCAGAGAUCUGUACGACAUAGGGCGGGGAAGUAACUGUACCAACACGGCGUUGUCACGCCCCAGCAGUGGACUUACAACGGCCGUGGAGGAUUGCUUCAGGUCGCUCGAGACAUCUCGAAGGAUGUCGUGGUUGUGGAUCUCUUUCGGUACUCCUCGCUCUCGCACACUCUCGAUCACUUCUCGUGUUUCGGCUGACAGGGACGGCUGGUAGUGCUGCCCUUGAGCACGCAUGCCCCCAAUGUCGGCCCACGCCUUGUUGUGGAAGAUGGUGAGUUUCCGGUCCCAGAAGACGGCAGCCGGAUAGGGCAGCGCUGCGAUGGUGAGCGCGUAUCCUCGCAGUUCACAAGGCCAGUCGAGAAAGCCACCCAUUGCACAAUUUCGCCAGGUGGUGUCCGCACCGCCAGGCAGUGGAUUCGCGGUGGCGACGUCAUGGCCGUCCACAUCGCCAGCGGGCGCUGCUGGAGCAGUGUGCUUCAUAAUGUCAUGUCGGUGGAGGCCUGGUGGACCACAAGAGAAGAGCCGGUUGCUGUCUGCCGGAGGUGUGAGUGUGAGUGCACGGCCGAGACCUUUCGAUUUUCU